AUUCGCUAAAACAUCUGUUGAGGGCGGACAUUGAUCAGGAUGAUAGAGAUCAUCGAAAAUAUUCCAGCGAGGAGAUGCAACAUUUCCGCUGCAAAGAACACAAAAACUGCAAUUUUGAUUGUUGCAACAACAAAUAUUUAGCAAAAAAUUACCAAAAAUUCCCAAAAUCUGCCCGAAGCCAGAAGAAACUUGACAAACCUUCCCCACCUCUAUUUUCUGAAAUCGAUGCUAAUGAUAAAAAAAAAUUUCCGCGGACCGUGAGAGAAUCUACCCAAAGCGAUAACAAACUUUUCAUCCGGCAACAACAAGAUCAACACAAUCUCUAUAUCCGAUACAGAAAGCUAGCAGCGAAACUGUUAUACACGUCAACCACGACAAGUGAAACAUACAGCUUGACGCCGUCUAUUGCGAAUGGAAGAGCGAAAAGUAGGAGUAUCUUUUCUGAAAUCGAUAGAGCUAAUUCGGAAAAAUUCGCUAUACAACAACACGAUGUACAGUCUGCUAAUAGCUAUGAUAACUCAUUAAAUGAGAAUGCAUCUGAGGCACCAAAGCUGAGCUUCGACGCUACUGCUCUGCAGAAAUGCAAUCAUUGCAAUGACAUUGAUCUGGGUGAUAUAGACUCUACCAUACCUUUAACUAUGCCUAUGGAAAAGCGCCCUAUUCAAAUUACGUCCAUAGAUGGGUUUUUCAAUCGCAAACGUGGAAGGCCACCAAAAAACCGCUUUGUUGAGGUAUACAAAAAUACAAAUCAAUCACCUCAAGCUGUUUUCACAAGUUUUAAACUGGAAAAAAAUGCAACGCCCAAUGACUCCAUGACUUCAAUGAAUGACAAACGAAUAUUUGAUUACGGCGGUGCUUUUCAUAACGCCGUUAGAAUGGUCACAAUACUACCUGCAACAAUAAACCCGCGAUUUGCGGCUAUUUCUCAAUUACCAAUAGAUACCACCACCGACAGCACUGCAAAAUUAGAAGCGGAAUUAGACUUGCAGCAGAAGCAAGAAGCAACAGCAACAAUGAACACAGCAAUGAGGUUUAUGAAAGGAGAGAUCGAAUCAUUAAAUAAACGGCAUGAUCGACCCAGUCAACAUCGGAAUAAAGGAAUAUUGAAUACCAAUGAUCUGGAAUAUAGAGAAGGAUAUUAUCACAUAAUUCCCGCUAGUCUUCAACGAACGCAAUUGAAAGAUAAUCAGGCCGUUAGCUUACCAAGCAUCAGAGAUAAGCCACAGGACCAUGGAGACACAAAAUCACAAACUUUGAAAAAAUUUUCAGUUGUUCGCACUGUCGGCACCUUCUUUCCAGAAUGCAACGAAAUUUCUGGUUAUCCGAGCGACAACAAGUUACACCAUGAAAACUGCUUUGACGCAGCAACAACAAAACCAGGCAUUUGGAGUACGCAGAACGUGAGUUGUAAACGCAAACGCUUACAAACUGACAAUAAAAAUAUGCCAUACGAGUCCAUAGCGAAAUCCUUAGAAGGUAAUGAGUUUAUUCUGCCCCAAGAUUUAAGUAUGCGCAUUAAGGAGAAAAAUCCAACUUCAACGGUGUGCGGUCAUACCGAGACCAAUGUUUUAACCAAUGAUUCCAGUCGUAUGUCGAAGAACUAUGAUGCCGAAACAGCUAUAGAAAAAAAAGUUAUAACACCAGGAGAAGCAGCAAAUACAAACGCUUUUGACGUUGAACUCGGAUGGCAGAAUAAAGAAGGAAUUGGUUUGCAACUAAAACACCUGUUCAAUCUUUACCAGAUAUCGAAUCAGCAGAGUUUUGAAACGUAUACUCAGCUUCAAGAUCAACAUUCACCCGUCAUUACCAGUUCUUCUGUAACACAAGCCGACAAUAACAUUUUGCCCUAUUUGUCUUAUUUGUUGGCUGCGUCAAACAAAUUCCAACCACGACCAUUACCACCAAUGCAAACACCAACGACCGUACCUGCUAUUGUUACCCGACAGCAUAACGUUUCCUUAGGCUUCGACCCCGCAUCACUUUCUAAGACAGAAAUUCCUACAUCAACGAUGACUGACGGACUUACAGCUAUUACAGAUUAGACUACCGCAG